ACAUUCAUAUUUUUUUGUAAUAUCGCACACAAAGUGGUUGUGCUGUGAGUGAAAAUAGAAACGAUAAAAGGUUCCACUGAGGGUUUUAACAGUACUCGAGCGAGGAGAGUAAACUGCUCCUGUUUUUCCAAAAUGUUUCAUCCAUUAACACUGGUUGCGCGGAGAAGGCCGCCUGUGCAGAGAAUGAGCGCCUUGCCUCGGCCUGCUGCUGGGAUUGUGCACAUCUGCGCACCAACACUUGCUUUGUGCCUCGUGAUCACGUAUCCGUUGUUGGUUUUAGAGUGACCGACCAGCACAUGGGGCGAGCCAUGACAACAUGAGUCAGUCGUACAGGCCGACUUUUCGCUCAGCAUUUGGCUCUCCCAGCCAGCAGGAGCUGAGGCCCCACAAUGGCCUCUUGGGCACCUCCUACAGAAGGCAGUUCGGCAUGGCGAAGCUUGGAUCAGAGCAGCCAUCGGUGUCCGACUGUUACAGCCCAUUGAAGACGCUGCGUGGCUUCAACUAUGUUGUCAAAAAGGCUAACCUCCAUGCCAGGAACCACUUACGUGCUUCAAGCCCAAUCAGGGAUGUUGACGACGAGGGGCUUGAGCCACCGUCUGGCCUACUUCCUGCCUCGCCGUGCAACGAUGACACAAACUCAUUUGAAUCCCUGCCACCCUUCAUCAGGAAUGGCUUCCCCUCUCACAGUCCGGACAGCUUAGAGCAUUAUUCUCCUGCCUCAGAUGGCUAUCUGCAUUUUGGAGCGACUUUGUUUGACAGCAGUGCCACAAAAGAGCAACAACAGGAUCAUGCUGCUUACAAACAGAGCGAGGCCUUCACCCCUUAUCACCGGACUUGGGGACGUACUGUUAAAGGCUCUCAAGCCACAGCCAUUUCAGGCUCAGAGAAAAGGACGUGCCAACCUAAUGUUUUUAAUCUGAUGUCUAAAACUAUAUCGGAACUCCACCCUACUCUGAGCCCCAGCGCACUGCCUGAUAUUACCACGAGAGAUGGGUGGAGCAUGGACGAGGAAUCGGAAAGUGAUGGAGAACUUGCCUGUACUGAUCCUGGGCUGAUUUCGCCAUCUGGCACGAACUCUGAUCCCUACAGUCCAAAAACAAGGCCUCAUCCAUCAGUUCUACAUUUGGAAGGCGAGCUGGUGUGGGCAAAGUUCAACAGACGGCCCUGGUGGCCCUGUCGAGUUCUCUGUGACCCUCAGUUAGGCCUUCACACCAAAAUGAAACUUCCCAGUCCUCGCCCCUGUCGCAUGUACUUCCUGGAGACCAUUGGCGAGAUAGUCGAGUGUGCCUGGGUCCCUGGGAACGCUGUUUUUCCUUUCAAAGGGGGCUAUCAGUUUGAUGACCUUCCCAUGCUUAGACGGAGAGGGAAACAAAAGGAGAAAGACUACAAGUACUCGGUACCCAAAAGUUUGCAGUCUGCCUGGAAAGCUGCCGUCACGGAAGCUGAGCAGAUGCUGUCUGCGGGAGAACGGGAUGCCAAGACUUUGCCUGCAGUGUGCCUCAAUGGAGACGAGGCCAUACUAAGCCCACCUCAGGAGCCUCUCUCUUCCAGUGUGGAGGCUUGUCAGCACUCACGCUUUAAUGUUCCCAGUAGAAAUGAGCAUGUGAUCAGAAAAUCUGCUGGGACACAGUCCAAUCAGAGUAAAACUUGCAAAAAGAAAAAGAAAUGUCUGUCAGACAUAUUUGGUCAUAUUAUCAGUGGGUCAACUGAGUCAUCGGUCAUCACUUCGUCGGGCACAUUGGACCUUCGUACAGAAAGCCGUGCACUGAAAACCGCACCAGAAGACUCCCCAUAUGCUGAUCUGGAUGCUGUUCCUGUCUUACAUUGUCCAAAACGUCUAACAAUGUCUCCAUUACGGGAACUAGACAGGCCCAACACGCAAUUAAAAAUGUUUACAGAAACAGUCCAGAAAUCUACUGACUCAUGUAAUUCUGACAAUGCUUUUGUGGACACAUUGGACUGUAAAAAUCAGAGACUAAACGACAAAAAACAAACUGCACACAUUCCACACGAAAGGCUCCCUGAUAAUUUGCUUGCCAGAAGUCUCCUUAUGACGACAACCGUGGAAGCAGAAGAAGAGGUUGAAUCCCAAGAUGCACUGGCUGCGCGCCAAAUAUUAGCUGACUCUGAUGAUUGUCAUCCAAAUGAACCCAGUGACACAACAGAGUUAAAAGUGGAAACUUCUCCUUGCAGGGAAUCCAUUUCCAAUGCAUCACCCUGGUUAAAUCACAGCACUCCAAAGAGGCGUACAAGGAAGCCGGACAAGAUGAAAGAAAAUGUUGGCAUAUUGACAAAGUUUCCUCGUAUGGACCGAAGUGAUUCCUAUACUCCUCCUGUUCAAAUCGAGAUGGAGAAUGUUAGCUCAGAUCUGUCAUCUUCGUCAUCCUCCUCUUCCUCACCAAUGUGUCCCAUGGAUGUUUUCCAGGAUGUGAAGGAACUCACGUUUAAGUCUCUUCUCGACGAGAACAGCGACUCCCAGGUGGCUUCAUUUUUUCCCGAUUCCAGUUAUAAAUUUAGUACCUUUCUUAUGCUGCUUAAAGACAUUCAUGACACUAGAGCAAAAGUCGGUAAGCCCCUGGUUAUUCCUCCAUCACCGCAGCUGAUCAAGGAGGAACCCUUAGUCAUGCCAUCGCCUUCCUGUAGUGAUCUGCCGAGGUGGUCUUCUGCCACUUUAAGUCAAGAAAUUAAAACAGAAGCAGCACAACAAACAGGAAAAACCAAGUGCAGGACUAAAUCUUUAAUGUCAGCAGACACCUACCACUUUGAACAUUUUCCCUCACGGAUUGAAAAUUCUGACAAACAACGGCGAAAACAAAGACUUCCUGCUAAACUGAAACUUUCUCCACCUGACCUGUCGCCCAACACUGCUCCCAGAAGGCAAUUUGUCAUUGGCGACGCUGAUUUAGUGAAUUCUGAUAAUCCCAUUCCCUGUGAACCUGCGGCCACCUACCUCAACAAGAGCUCUGAAUCCCCCAUUGCCCCAAAGAAGCGCUGGCAAAUGGUUGAGGAAAAUGAGGCGAAUGCCUCGUACACAGUAACAGCUUCUGCAGAUUUUCCUCUGGGAGCUAAGAAGCUGCUAGAUACAAACUCAUUCUCUGAGGAAAGCAGUGAAGCCGGGCAUUCUGAGAACAAACGCCUCCGGAAACCAACCAAACGACUUCUGGAAUCAGCAGAAGAAUACCAACAAAUAUUCGUCCCAAAAAAGCAAUCGAAAAGAGACGCUUUAGACCUUUCCGAUACGGUUCUGAGUGAUACCAAUGAAAUUGUGUCGCCAGUUCUUGAUCUCAGCAUUACAUCAGAGACACUUGCCUCAACAUCACUCUCCAUAGCACCACCUACGUCUCCAACUACAGAAGCAUAUGAUCAACCUCAUCAUCAACGCUCCCCUGAAGGGACCUCCACAAGCUCCUCCUCAACUUUACCACAACCCCUUCUUGAUGUGGUUAAAGCCGAAGAAGCUGAUCUACCUCUAAACCCUGUUACAAAGUUAACAGCGGAAAAACGAAGACCUCGGAAGCUGUCUCAGGAGGUUUUGGUUUGUACUAUUGAAGAAGUGUCAGCCCCUCCAAAGAAGCAGGAGCCAAAGUACCCUCCUAAGAUUUUCUCUGAAGUAAAAGUCUUGGUCAAGAAAGCUGUGAUACCUCAGAAGUUCAAAAUGAAAGAAGAUACGCUUGCAUCUGUAAAGAAAGGGAAACCUGUCCCCAGCACACCUUCUAUCUCUGUUACUGUUUCGCCAUCCUCUGAGACUGAAGAUGAUAUCAAAGUUGUCGCUCCAGUUAAGUCACCUGAGCAGAAGGCUGAGUUCAUUCCAUGCAGCACUGAAGAGAAACUUAACUCAGCCACUGAGCCCAAAGCUGAGGUGCUAGAUGACAGCAUGAUGGAAAGCCCAUCUUCCCAAGUAGACAAUAAAGGGAAAAUAGGUACUACUUCCUUUAAGGAGAAUGUCUGCCAGGUAUGUGAGAAGACUGGUGACCUACUGGUUUGUGAUGGCCAUUGUUAUGGAGCUUUUCACCCACAGUGUAUUGGUUUGCCUGUGGCACCCAAAGGAAGAUUCCUCUGCCAACAGUGCACAUCUGGUGAUCACACAUGCUUUGUGUGUAAGAAGCCUGGCAAUGGUGUGAAGCGAUGCAUUAUCCCACUGUGUGGAAAGUUCUAUCAUACUGACUGCAUCAUGGCCUUUUCAGCCACGCAGCGAUGUAACAAAAGCUUCCGUUGCCCCCUGCAUGUUUGUUUGUCGUGUCACAUCACCAAUCCUCUCAAUGCCUGCAGCUCCAAAGGACGUUUGGCCCGCUGUGUGCGGUGUCCAGUGGCUUAUCACGCUAAUGACAACUGCAUGGCAGCCGGGAGCGUCGUGCUAGCCAACAAUGGUUUUCUGUGUCCAAGCCACUUUACUCCUCGUAAGGGCUGCAAAAACCAUGAACACAUCAAUGUUAGCUGGUGCUUUGUGUGCUCUGAAGGAGGCAGCCUGCUUUGCUGUGAAGCCUGUCCUGCUGCUUUUCAUCAGGAAUGUCUCAAUAUCGAGAUGCCUCAAGGUAGCUGGUUCUGCAAUGAUUGCAAGGCAGGAAAGAGGCCACGGAACAAGGACAUACUGUGGGUCAAAUGGGGACGCUACAGGUGGUGGCCUGCUGAAGUGUGUCUUGACAAAGAUGUCCCAAAUAAUAUCUUGAGGAUGAAACAUGAGGUCGGAGAGUUCCCAGUGCAGUUUUUUGGCUCCAAGGAUUUUGUAUGGACUUACCAGGCCCGUGUGUUCCCCUACAUGGAUGGUGAUACUAACAACAUUGAAAAAAUGGGAAAAGGGGCAGAUGCGGUGUACAAGAAGGCCCUGACUGAAGCAGCAAAGCGGUUCAAAGAGCUUCAAGCAGAAAAGGAAAUGAAGCAGCUUCAGGAGGACAGAAAGAUUCAUAAAAAACCUCCUCCAUACAAACACAUUAAGGUAAAUAAGCCAAUUGGUAAGGUGCAGAUAAUCACAGCUGACCUGUCUGAGGUCCCACGCUGCAACUGCAAGGCGUCAGACGAGAAUCCGUGCGGCGUGGAUUCAGAGUGCAUCAAUCGAAUGUUGCUGUACGAGUGCCACCCCCAGGUUUGCGCUGCAGGGGAGCGAUGUCAAAACCAGACCUUCACAAAACGUCAAUACACAACUGUUGAAAUAUUCAGGACGCUGUCACGUGGCUGGGGUUUACGCAGCGUGUCUGAUAUUAAGAAGGGAGCCUUCGUGAGUGAAUAUGUCGGGGAAGUGAUUGAUGAAGAAGAAUGUCGGGCCAGAAUCAAACAUGCUCAGGAAAAAGACAUCUAUAAUUUCUACAUGCUGACAUUAGAUAAGGACAGAAUCAUUGACGCAGGACCCAAAGGGAAUCAGGCACGCUUCAUGAAUCACAGCUGCCAGCCAAAUUGUGAAACUCAGAAAUGGACUGUGAAUGGAGACACCCGUGUGGGACUGUUUGCUCUACAAGACAUCCUAAAAGGCGUGGAGCUGACUUUCAACUACAACCUAGAGUGUCUUGGCAAUGGCAAGACUGCCUGUAAAUGUGGCGCGCCCAAUUGCAGUGGCUUUCUUGGUGUUCGACCCAAGAAUCAGCCACCAGCUGAGAAGUUGAAAGAAGGGAAGAGGAGAGGGGGCAUGAAGAAGAAGACCAAACAAGUGGUGACCAAAGAAAGGGAGGACGAGUGUUUCAGCUGCGGUGAUGGGGGCCAAAUUGUGUCAUGCAAGAAGCCUGGUUGCCCAAAAGUCUACCACGCUGACUGUCUCAACUUGGCCAAGAGACCCGCAGGACGAUGGGAGUGUCCGUGGCAUCAAUGUGACGUCUGUGGUGAAGAAGCAUCUUCUUUCUGUGAGAUGUGCCCCAACUCUUUCUGCAAAGCACACUGCAACGACAUGCUCUUCGUCUCCAAGCUAGAUGGCAAAAUGUCCUGCAGUGAACAUGACCCCUGCGGGCCUGACCCCUUGGAGCCCGGCGAGAUUCGCGAAUACGUGCCAUGUGCCACAGUCCCCAAGCCCACCUCUGUUGCUGCGCCACUCGCAUCCCUUGCAGUCUCAGGUCCUGGAGGUUCAGCCCUGACUCCCUCACCUCGCAAGCCCCCUCCUCCUCGUCUCUACAUAAACACAAAGACUGCUACCUCCAGCUUCAUCCCGUCUUGCAGGUCUUAUAUCACAGACAGGUCAGGAGAGAAAGCUUCUUGGAGCUCGACAUCCUCCAAGGAUCAGAGCGAAGAUGGCCAAAUGGAAGACGGGGAGGUGCGCGGGUUAGAGGUAGACAAGGACAAAGAGGAUGAUAACGAUGAUGAUAAUGAAGAAAUCGUGCUUGGAGAAAUAGAGUUAGUGGAAGAUGAGCCGCUGUAUGAAGACAGCCAGGAGGAGGAGGAGGAAGAAGAUGUGUUUGACAGUUGCAGUGAUGACGAAGAGGAAGAAUCUGGCGAUAAUGAUGAGGACGGAGAAGAAGAUGAUAUCAAGUGACUCGAACAAAGUUACCUACUGUACUGCAGUGCAACUUUGCAUUUCCUCAGUACAAUGUUGCCUUCUCUGUCCCAGACUGCUGCACUGACAAACAGGACACAUAUUGGUGCUUUGGACUGAGGGGCGCCUUCAUUCAGUUUUUUAUUUCUGUUUACAUUUGUGUCUGGUGCUAUUAGUGCAUUCUCCUAAACAUUGUUUACAUCUUUGACUUGCUUGAACACAUUUGAAAUAUAGUAAAAAAGCAAGAAUUUAUAUCUGACUAAUCACAAGGGCAUUUUGUAGAUUUUUACGGUUUUAAUCGUGUUUUAAAAAAAAUAAAAUAAAAAAGUGGAAGCAUUGUAAUACUCCCACACCAAUGUUUUUAUGUUAUACUGUGACCAAAAUGCAAAAAUAAACACACUGGAGUCA